AUGGCUCUUGAAAAGGCCCGCUCAUUAGCAAGGCUCAACAUCUUCACGUCGUUGGCCAGUGAAAUCUCGCAGUCUCUGACGCCAAUUGCGAUAAAGGACAACAUUGCAACAAAGCUUCUCCCUACUACAUGCUCUUCUUACGCUCUGAGCAACUACAUUUCGCCGUUCCAGGCCACUGUGAUAGAUCUCUUGGAGGAUGAGUUCACAGUUGUUGGGAAGACCAACAUGGAUGAAUUCGGGAUGGGUGCGUCAACAACGUUCAGCCAUUACGGGCCUACUCUGAACCCAAUGUACCCUAACGAGAGAAGAAUCUGUGGAGGCUCCUCUGGAGGCUCUGCUGCUGCCGUUGCAGCUGGCAUUGUCCCUGUAGCACUGGGUACCGACACAGGUGGCUCUGUUAGACAGCCGGCCAGUUAUACCGGUAUACUGGGGUUUAAGCCAACAUAUGGAAGGAUUUCAAGAUGGGGUGUUGUUGCGUAUGCACAGUCUUUGGAUACCGUGGGUAUUCUUGGUAAGGACGUUGAUAUCAUCGAAAAGGUGUUUACCAAGUUAGACAAGCAUGAUCCUAAGGACCCAACCUCUCUGGGCGUGGAGCUAAGAUCUCGGUUCGACUCUAAGCAUGGUAACAAUAAGAAGCUUAGAAUUGGUGUGCCAGAGGAGUACGUGCUGGGAUUCGACCCCAAAGUUUCAAAGGCAUGGCAACAAUGCCUUGAAGCCCUAUCACAGGACCAUGAAAUCGUGCCAGUGAGUGUACCACUCAUUAAGAAGACACUGGCUAUGUACUUCACACUGGCACCUGCCGAGGCCUCGUCCAACUUGGGUCGUUAUGACGGUAUUCGUUAUGGUACAAGAUCUGAUAGCGAUAAGGAUUACUACGCAAAGACCAGAUCUGAAGGAUUUGGUGAGGAGGUGAAGAGAAGAAUAAUCUUGGGAAACUAUAACCUGAGUUCAGAUUCUUAUAAGAACCAUUUCUUGAAGGCCAAACUGCUACGUCGUGCUUUGAAACAACAGUUUGACGAGGUGUUCAACCAACCAAACUAUGUUACAGGCUCAGACCCUAAUGCCAAUGGAGUUGAUUUCUUACUGACUCCAACCACUGUAGGUCAGGCACCAACUAUUGAAGACUAUGAUGCACAGUCAUCAACUCAUGGUUACACACAGGAUGUACUCACGAUCCCAGCUUCUUUAGCUGGUAUCCCUGCAAUAUCAUUCCCUUGGGAAGUUGAAGGUGCCAAAAUUGGUCUACAGCUUAUGGGUCAAUGCGGUGAUGAUUACAACUUGUUGAGAAUAACACAAGAAACCAUGUCCUUGAACACAUAA